GUUGCAAGGGAUUUGUGGUCGUUGGUGUUUCAUUAUUCUUUCGUGCCUCUUUCACCUAAAAGAAUAUUUUAUGCGUAUUGUAGCUAAAUGGAAAUAAAUAACGAGAAGCAGGACAUGGCGAUGCCAGAAGACGUUGAAACUAAAUAUCCAUUGCUUCCUUUUGAGAAACAGAUAUUUAUCGAUGUCUUUGAAAAAGAUGCGCUUAUAAUAAUUGCAAAGGGCCUAAAUUAUAACACAGUUGUCACCAAUUUAUUAUGGGUGCACAAAGAUCCUGCCAAUUUAGUAUUCGUAAUUAACAGCAAUGACCAUGAGGAGAAAUUCUUCACAGAGAAGUUUAAUUUAACUGUUUUACCCAACACUGGAGCUGAGAGGGAAAAAGCAUAUUUAGAAGGUGGUAUAUACUUUGUAUCAACAAGGAUUUUAGUUGUUGACCUGCUGAAAAACCGUGUCCCAGUGUCUAAUAUAACUGGCAUUGUUGUUUUGAGGGCUCACACAGUGCUUGAAUCAUGCCAGGAGGCUUUUGUCUUAAGAUUGUUUCGACAAAAAAAUAAGACUGGAUUCAUUAAAGCAUUUUCAAAUUCACCAAUCUCUUUCACCUUUGGAUAUAAUCAAGUGGAAAAAGUUAUGCGAGCACUUUUUGUUACCGAGUUAUUCUUGUGGCCAAGGUUCCAUGGAGGAGUAAUAAAAAGUCUAAAAAGCAGACAAGCGGAAGUCGUAGAGCUUCACGUUCGCCUCAGCAGCAACAUGAGCCUCAUACAGGCAUGCCUGCUGGACAUCAUGAACUACACAGUCAAACAGCUGAAGAGCAUUAACAGGACCUUGGAUAUGCAAGAAAUAACCACAGAGAACUGUAUCACUAAGAAGUUUCACAAAAUACUACAGUCGCAGCUGGAUUGUGUCUGGCAUCAACUCAGCACAAGGACAAAGGAAUACAUCCAAGACUUGAAGGUUUUAAGAACUAUGAUCUUAAAUCUAAUCCACGAUGACUCAGUGUCAUUCUACGCUCUGGUGAACAAAUACAGGACACCAGAGUACGCGAGGGUCAAUUCAGGCUGGAUACUCCUGGAUUCUGCCGAGACCCUGUUUCGUUUAGCGAAAGCUAGGGUUUUUAACAGUAAAAAUGAGUUUGAUCCAGAGCCAUCACCGAAAUGGAAAUGUUUAUGCGAUUUGUUAAUAGAUGAAAUCCCAGAAGAAGUAAAGAAAAACAAAAAUGGUUCCUUAGCCAAUACAAAAAUACUUAUCCUAUGCAACGAUAACAAGUCAUGUAGUCAACUAAACCACUUUCUUACAAUGGGGGAAAACAAAUAUCUAUUUUAUACAGCAUUUAGAAGAGACCUCAAUAUUACUUCAGUCGCUUCUAAGUAUAAAAAGUUGAAUAAACCCAUAAAAUCAGAAGAAAAGAUAAAUAAAACUCAAAAAGAUUUGGAAAAUGAAAAUGUAACUGAAUUAGGUGUAGUAGAUCCACACUUAGAAGAUGAGGAUGCAAUGGAUGAAUUGAAUAAAUCCAAUUAUGUGUUGACUUUAACUCAAAUGGCGUCGAAUGACUCGGUGAAAAAAUCAAAAACAAUCAAUGAGAGCAUGUUCGAGCCUAUUUCACAGAUAGACAACUUAGAUAUAACUCAACUAGAAACAGAGAGGCCAAUAAUCUGCAUACAAACAUUCAAACAGAACGGCAACCACUUUUCGCUCGGUCAAACCUUGGAGGCAUUACGUCCGGAGUACAUUAUCCUAUACCACAGUGACGUGGCGGCGGUAAGGCAGAUAGAGCUGUUUGAGGUUAAGAAAAAACCUGAAGAGCCUCAAUCAAAGGUUUAUUUCCUGAUUCAUGAUAAAACAAUCGAGGAACAAUCUUACCUGACGUCAUUGAGACGAGAGAAGCAAGCGUUUGAAAUGCUCAUACAAACGAAAAGUGUAAUGGUAGUGCCUUCAUACCAGGAUGGCAAGACUGACGAGUAUUUCAAUUUAAACGUGGAAGAAGAAGAUGAUGACCCAGUAGACACUAGAAAAGCAGGUGGGCAAGUCAAACGUACGAAAGAGAAGCCGGUGGUGAUCGUAGACAUGAGGGAGUUCCGCUCCGACCUGCCUGCUCUGUUGCACAAGAAAGGCAUCAACAUCGAACCCGUCACCAUCGCUAUCGGCGACUACAUUCUCACGCCGGACAUCUGCGUGGAGCGCAAGUCUAUAUCGGAUCUCAUCGGCUCGCUCAACUCCGGCCGGCUGUUUGCGCAGAGUACGCAGAUGUGCCGCAACUACGCGCGCCCCAUCCUGCUCAUCGAGUUCGACCAGACCAAGCCCUUCAACUUGCAGGGUAGCUUUGUGGUGUCGACGGACAUAUCUGGUGCAGACAUUCAGCAGAAACUGCAACUCUUAACAAUACAUUUUCCCAGAUUAAAACUAGUUUGGUCCCCGAGUCCUUAUGCUACAGCAGAACUGUUUUAUGAACUGAAACAAGGAAAAAAUAAUCCCAAUGUCGAAGAAGCAUUAGCGCUCAGUGGCGAAAACACUGCAGACGACAUGAACUAUGAACGGUAUAACAUUUUGAUUCAUGACUUCGUGCAAAAACUCCCUGGAGUCACUUCCAAGAACAUCACGAGGCUGAUGAAUAGAGGCAUUUCGCUGGACCAUCUAAUAACGCUCACUGAGGAGCAGUUAGCAGAAUUAAUAGAGAACAAAAAUGAAGCAGAAGCUUUGUAUUCAAUAUUGCAUGUCAAAGCUCUACCUACUGAAUCAGAUAAGACAAAAUCAUUUGGGAAGAAAAAAUUUACAGGAAAGCCAUACAAAAGCAUGAAAUAAAAUGAAAGUUAAUUUUUAAAAUAUUUAUUUAUUAAUAAUUUCUUGCAGACAGACACAAUACUAAAACUACAGAUGAGUUAUAAUUUGUCAAUCCUUGUAAUGUCAGCACAAGCUGAGCAGCAAAAUGCUUGAGCAGUUUCAAUAAUAAAAUGAUAAGGAACUAAAUCACAACUGAAAUCGAGUUCAAAAUAGAGUGCAACUUGUAAGAGAUUAUUCCUUGUGGAUUUUCUUUGUGGAUCAUUUUUUUAAUAUUUUUGCUGCUCAGUGUGCUAACAGUAAAUUGUAACUUACGAAAUAAUAGUUAAUUUGUGAAUAAAUUAUGGAGUCAAUAAAAAAAACUGAAUGUCA